AUGCCCGUCAGAUUUUUGAUAAGGCUGCAGCAAAUGAUUUGGAACACUCAAGAGAUAAAUGCCAGAUUCAACAAAUCAAAUCACUUGGAUCGGAAGGAUAUGAUCAUGUUCCCUAUUCUAGAGAACUUAGACAGAGCAAAUCUUGUAUCAGCGAACCACUACUGGCUUUUCAAUGUCAAUAUUAGGGACCGCAGGUUCGAGGUGUUCGAUUCAUGGAGGAGCCUGGCACAGAGCAAAACUCUUGACGACAACGCUAGAUUGAUUGCUGUAACAGUGCGUUCAUUGUGGGACCAACACUACCAUGAAUCACGCGUAAGCUUGGAUGAUUUUCGCUUGAAGGAAAUUGAUGUUCCAAAACAAGAUAAUGAUUAUGAUUGCGGCAUUUUCACUUCGACAAUAGCGAGUGUGUGGAAAGCAAGGAACUUGCCAAACUUCGGUCCGAAAGACAUCCCCAACAUCAGGAAGAACAUCACGAGUUCUUUAAUUAACACAGUUGCCAAGAAAGCACCAUGGCAGGCUAUUUUGAAGCUUUGA